AUGUCUGAUUAAGAAUAUGAUGAUUAUAAUUACGAGCCUGGAUUUGAUGAUGGCUAAAUUGAUUAAGAAGACAACUAGGAGGAAAUAGAAUUGGAGAAUAAUUAUAAUACAGCAGAAGAUGAAUGGAAAACUAAUCCUGAUUUAGCAUACCAGCUUUUUAAUGAAAUAAUCGAAAAAGAAAAGUCCAAAGAUAUUAAUUCCAGAUAACGAAGCUUCAAGAGUUAUCAGUAUUUGAUCUAGAUAUUAAUUUAAAAACCUAAAUUUGAUGAUAACCUAAUGUGCUAGUACAUCCAAGGAUUUCUAGAAUUAUUGGACAAAUAAUACAAGACUGAAGGAGACAAAGCACUAAAAAUUGUAGUAGAUUCAUUGAUGAAUUCCAAUAAUUCUCAUCUUAUAUCUACAGUUCUACCAAACCUACUAGAAAAGUUAAAAUCUAUGAACCAAAUAGGAAUAUAUUGUGGAGCUAGUAUGAAAUUAUGCAAAGAUUAUUACCAAAAAGGGAGCUUUAAUAAAUUGGAAGAAAUAAUUUAAAACAUACAAUCUGUAUUGGAAAAUAGCCAAAUACAGGAUGAAGAUAGAAAAAAAGCUUUUCUGGCUGAAUUAUUGGCCUACAGAGUUCUAUUGUACAAAAGCACAAAUCGUCAAAACCAAAUUAAACCACUUUAUCGAUAAUUAUUAAAAUGCAAUUUAGAUUUGCUUGAAUCAUAUAUAUCUGGAGUUAUCAAUCUUACUAUCGGUUAAUAAAAGGCUCUAGAAAGACAAUAUGAGUAGAGUAGAAAGAAACUCAUGGAAGCUUUCUAUAAUUUCUUAGAUUCUAGUUCACCAGAAGCUAAAUAGGCCCUUAUUUAUGCAUCUGUUGUUAGCAUUCUUGAAAACUUUAAGAUGAACUUGUUUGAUGAUAUGAAGAGCAAAGUCUAUGACUAAGAUCUAAAUGUUAGAGUAUUCUAGGACCUCAGAAUAUCUUAUGAAUAAUAGAAUGUUCAGAUUUUCAGCAGCAUUAUUAACUCUGAAUAAUUCUAAAAGGAUUCCUUUUUGGCACUAUUGAAACCUUAUAUGUAAUAGAUUAUUGUUGAGGUCAAGAUUUUGAGAUAUGUGAAGUGUUAUUCAACCAUAAAGUUGGAUUAUUUAUCUAAGCAAUUAUUGAUUGAGAUUCCAGUUUUACAAAAAUACAUUUAAGGAUUGAUAACCAAAAAACAAUUUAAUGGGCUAAUAGAUGAAAUAGCAGGAUAUUUAGAAAUUAGAGAAGAAGUUGCAGAAACUUAAACAAAGGCUCUAAAAGUGAUUGUUGAUCAAAUUAAAUCAUUUGAUUAUUGAUUAUGAUUUCAUGAAAAUUAUCAAAAUAUCCAUCAU